AUGUUUCCACUCUUACUUCAACUUGAUACCGAGACUGAUUAUCAAGAAAUCAUACCCUUAAUUACGAGUCAUUUGGAAUCACUGGCUGAAAAACUUGAUAAGUACUUCCCAUCCUUAUCAUCAGAUUUGUGUGAUUGGGUUAGAAAUCCCUUUACUGAGCUGUCUUCAAAUUCGCAAACCCUGCUCAAUUUACAAGAAGAGGACGAAAUAACUGAACUAAAGUGUGAUAGAACCUUGAGGAUAAUGUUUGAUGAAGUGCCACUUGAUGUGUUUUGGAUUUCUGUGAGAGAAGAAUACCCAGUCAUCUCAGCAAAGGCAUUGGAUAUUUUAUUCCAGUUUUCUACUUCUUACCUUUGUGAGCAAGGUUUUUCAUGUCUAAGUACUGUAAAAAGCAAAUCUAGAAAUCGUCUUCUGUCUGUUGAGGAAGACCUGCGGGUGUGUUUGUCAGAAAUUCGCCCGAAUAUUAAGAAACUAUGCAAAGACAAACAAGCCCAAGUAUCACAAUGA